AUGAGGACAGUGACAAGAUGGCGCAUCCUGGUGCGAGCCCUGCUGGUGACACUCAGAGCCCUCCCCUGGAGCAAGCAGGCUCCCUCCACAAGGACCCAGAGAGCCCAGGUGCUGAGUGCAGAGGCUGAAGGCUGUGGAGCCAGAGAAGGAGCCAGCAAAGCCAUGAUAUUUCCAAGGAAAUGUCAGAGUGUACAGAGGGGCUUGUGGAUCACCAAGUUGUGGAUCUGGACAGUGCUCUGCUGGGAAUUCCUGGCACAUCAUGGAACUGACUGUUGGACCUACCACUAUUCUGAAAAACUCAUGAACUGGCAAAGUGCUAGAAACUUCUGCAAAGAAAAGUACACAGAUUUAGUUGCCAUACAAAAUAAGAGAGAAAUUGAGUACCUGGAGAAGACAGUGCCCUUCAACCGUUUUUACUACUGGAUAGGAAUCCGGAAGAUAGGAAACAUAUGGACAUGGGUGGGAACCAACAAGCCUCUCACUGAAGAAGCAGAGAACUGGGGAACUGGGGAGCCCAACAACAAGAAAUCCAAAGAGGACUGCGUGGAGAUCUACAUCAAGAGGACAAAAGACUCAGGCAAAUGGAAUGACGAUGCCUGCCACAAACGAAAGGCAGCCCUCUGCUACACAGCUUCUUGCCAGCCUUGGUCAUGCAGUGGCCACGGAGAAUGCGUGGAAACCAUCAACAAUUACACCUGUAACUGUGAUGCUGGACACUAUGGGCCCCAGUGUCAGUUUGUGGUCCAGUGUGAGGCUUUGGAGGCCCCAGAGCUGGGCAGCAUGGACUGCACUCACCCUUUGGGAGCCUUCAGCUUCGGAUCGCAGUGUGCCUUCAACUGCUCUGAGGGAACAAACCUAAAUGGGAUGGAGGAAACACACUGUGGCCCUUUGGGAAACUGGUCAUCUCUAGAACCAACCUGUCAUGUGAUUCAGUGUGAGCCUCUGACAGCACCUGACUUGGGGUCCAUGGACUGCACUCACCCCCUGGCCAACUUCAGUUUUACCUCCACGUGCACCUUCAGCUGCUCAGAGGGAACCGAGCUAAUUGGGGAGAAGAGAACUGUUUGUGGAUCCUCUGGAAUCUGGUCCAGUCCUCAUCCAAUAUGUCAACAAUCAGACAGAAGUUUCUCCAUGAUAAAGGAAGGUGACUAUAAUCCCCUCUUCAUACCUGUGGCAGUCAUAGUCACUGCAUUCUCUGGGUUGGCAUUUAUCAUUUGGUUGGCAAGGCGAUUAAGAAAAGGCAAGAAAUCUCAGAAAUGGUGGCUCCUGGGGCACCCUGAAGUUGUGCAGUGCACAACCUGCACAGACUCACUGCCUGCGCUGGCAGCCCUCACUCUGAGUGCUGUUCACUGGGACAUCAGGGCCAAGGACCCCAGUGGAGACUGCUUUGGGGAGUAA